AUGGUUGCUUCUUCUACCGAAACUAAGCAAUCUAGUUCUGCAGAACAAACUAAUCAACCGGCCUCGAACGAGAAUCCGGACUACUUCAACCGUGUCGGCAUCGAAAAACCAACUCCCGAACAAUUUUUGGAGCAUGCUGACGGAAGACAACGUGGCGAGCACCCAGGCAAAGGCCAGUUACUAGAAGAUGGCCGCUUGCUUCUUCGUGAGAAGGACUGUUACGAGAAGUUGGGGUUCUCUUGGUCAACGCAAAAGAAGUGGAUGAUCAUCAGUAUUGUUUUCAUUGUUCAAGUGUCGAUGAAUUUCAACGCUUCCGUCUACCCAAGUUCCCUUGCAUUGAUUGCCGAAGAGUUUGACAUCAGCGACCAAAAGAGUAGGGUCUCGCAGAUGGUGUUCCUUAUCGCCUACGCUUUUGGCUGUGAGCUCUGGGCCCCAUGGUCUGAGGAGUACGGUCGCUGGCCUAUCUUGCAGGGAUCUUUGUUCUUCGUGAACAUUUGGCAGAUUUUGGGUGCACUCGCUCCUAACUAUGCUACUGUCGUGAUCGCCAGAGGUCUUGGUGGUUUGUCAUGUGCCGGAGGCUCGGUUACGUUGGGUAUUACCGCCGAUAUGUGGGAGGCCCAAGACCAGGGUUACGCCGUUGCAUACGUUGUUCUUUCCUCCGUGGCUGGAUCUGCGGUCGGUCCUAUUUUUGGUGGUAUAAUCCGUGACAAUCUUUCCUGGAGAUGGAACUUCUGGAUCCAGCUCAUUUUUGGAGGUGUUGUUCAGCUCAUUCAUUUCUUUUUCUGUGCCGAAACCAGAGUGUCUCUUUUGAUUGACAAGGAGGCAAAGAGAAGGAGAGAAUCAGGUGAGAACAACCACGUCUACGGCCCAGGAGAGGUGAACGAUCACAAACUCACUUUCAAAGAAAUCUUUGACAUCUGGACGCGUCCUUUUGUCAUGUUUGCCACCGAGCCUAUUGUGUUGUUCUUGUCGCUUUUCUCUGGUUUCUCGGACGCUUUGAUUUUCAUUUGCAUGGAGUCGUUCUCUCUUGUCUACGGCCAAUGGGGCUUCUCAAACACUGCCAAUGGUCUUGCUUUCAUUCCAAUUUUGAUCGGUUACUUCAUUGCAUACGGUAUUCAUAUUCCUGAUGUGGCUAGACAAAUGUUUCUCACCAAGAAUUAUGGAGAAGAGUCUCGUCUCGCCGAGCGCAGAAUGCUCCUCUUGCUUUUCCUUGCUCCUUUGGAGGCCAUUGGCUUGUUCGGUUUUGCUUGGACCAGCAUGGGCCCCGACCACAACCCUUGGAUUGCCCCCAUGAUCUUCACUGUCUUGAUUGCCAUUGCCAACUUCAGUAUCUAUAUGUCCACCAUUGACUACAUGGUGGCUGCUUACGGACCGUACUCUGCUUCUGCUACCGGUGGAAAUGGAUUUGCGCGUGAUUUCUUGGCCGGUGUCUCUGCCAUGUACGCCAUUCCUUUGUACGAAAAUAUCGGAGAUAAGUACGCUUUGCAAUGGGGCAGUACGCUUUUGGGUUUCCUUGCCAUUCUCGUCAUGAUUCCCAUCUACGUUUUCUACUGGAAGGGACCUGAAAUUCGUGCUAGGUCUAAGUUUGCACAGGUGUUGGCCGCCGACAGAAAGACAAGCAAGGUCGACUCCGAAGAGGAAGAGGGGUACGAUGAGAAGCCUGUCUCGACCGUUUAA